AUGAGAAAUCUCAACAUAUUUUUGGCCCUGUUGAUGGUUUUCUUCACCAUGACAACCUCCAAGAGGUCGCCCCGCAGAAACCGGAACCGGACACAAUCGCCGGAGCAAGAUGAGGAGUACGACAGUAUGGAAGAUGUCUGCGAACUGGAGAUUGCCUGUAGAGGAAGCAGCCUGCCUGUCAACCUGCCAAUCAAGGGACCUGCAGGACCUCCGGGAAAGCCGGGCAUCCCGGGACUACCUGGGAAACCUGGACCAGCGGGCAUCCCGGGCGCGUCUGGGGAGGACGACAUGGAGUCAAGGGUGGCCUUUUUUGCCGGCCUCAACAAGAACAUAGGUCCAGUGACCACGAACUCUGACCUCAUCUUUGACAAGGUCAUCACUAACGUCGGAGAAGCCUUCAACCCAGAUACCGGGCGAUUUACUGCCCCGUUUAACGGGACCUUCCUGUUUAUGUUGACUAUUGCUGCACAGGGCGGCCGCAGGGCAGCCGUUGAGCUUGUCCUCAACUCUAAAAUGGUGUCAACUAUCUGGGCCGAGAGCGUUCCCUACUGGGCGUCCGCUUCUAACAGCGCCAUCUUGAACAUGGAGGCAGGCGACCAGGUCAGGCUAGUUCUUCUGAGCCGAGCGUCCUAUCUGCAUGGUUACAUGUACACCACUUUCUCGGGUCAUUGCCUCUAUCGGGGUCUUUGA